UGGACCGCGAAGUCGCGCACCGGCCUUGGGAUGAGGGCGGGGGAGAGGGUGUAGUGGCUGGGAGAUGAGAGGGUGGAGUGGGAAGGACGCAAGAAACAACAUCUAGGCGGCAGGCGGGGCUCCACUGCGCAUCUGGCCAGGAGUGGUCUCUGGGUCAGUGGCUGGGCAGCCACCCCAGAGACGCGUUUCUAGCUGGGAAUUCAGUGGGGCCCAUUCACCGCCGAGCCAUCGUGGCCUGUAGCAUCAGCUGGUGAGGGCAGACGCCAGCCUAGCAACACCGCCUAAGCAACCAGAACUCCUCAGAAGGCCGGAGGGAUCUGGGAAGAAAAAGAAGCCCAGGAGGAGAAAAGGGCUCCAGGGAGUUCUGCUUCUCAGGGUUCCCUCAGGUACUGUUGGAGACCCGUCACGUGGUUGCAAGUACAAAAUUGGAAAUGACUUCCCCAGAACAAAAGGGCCUUGUCCCCUUCACCAGAGAAUCUCUUGAACUUAUGAAACAGCAUAUUGCUAAAAAGCACAGUGAGGACCAAAGAGAUUUAAAGCCAAACACUGACUUGGAAGUUGGAAAAGAGCUUCCAUUUGUUUAUGGGAAUCUCUCUCCAAGAAUGGUGUUGGAGCCCUUGGAAGAUGUGGAUCCAUACUAUAAGAAUAAAAAUACUUUCAUGGUAUUAAAUAAAAGUAGGACAAUCUUCAGAUUCAGUGCCACGUGGUGUACACUUUCUCCUUUCAAUUCAGCUAGAAGAACAACUAUUAAGAUUUUGGUGCAUCCCUUUUUCCGACUAUUCAUUUUAAUUAGUGUCCUGAUUGACUGCAUAUUUAUGUCCAUGACUGAGAUGCCAAAAUGGGGCCCAGCAAUACAGAAUAUUUUGCUUGGAAUUUACACAUUUGAAAUACUUGUAAAACUCAUUGCAAGAGGCAUCUGGGCAGAACCUUUUUAUUUCUUUGGUGAUCCAUGGAACUGGCUCGAUUUCAGUGUAACUUUGUUUGAGCACAUAACAAGAUAUUUACUUCUCGGCUCAAAUACUAUAAUAUUUAGUAUUUCAAGAAAUUUGAGAAUUUUGAAAAUUAUUCCCCUAAACCAAGGUCUGAAGUCUUUCACAGGGAUCCUCAUCCACCGCUUGAAGAAACUUACUGGGGUCAUUUCCCUAACUCUGUUUUUUCUGACUGUAUUUUCUUUAAUUGGGAUGGGGCUCUUCAUGGGCAACCUGAAGCAUAAGUGUUUGCGAUGGCCCCAAGAAAACGAAACUUCAACCCUGCACAACAGAACUGAAAAUCCAUAUUAUAUGCGAGAAACAGAAAACUUUUAUUAUUUGGAAGGAGAAAGAUAUGCUCUCCUUUGUGGCAACAGAACAGAUGCUGGUCAAUGUCCUGAAGGAUAUGUGUGUGUGAAAGCUGGCACAAAUCCUGAUUAUGGCUUCACAAAUUUUGACACUUUUGGCUGGGCCUUACUUGCCCUGUUUCGGUUAAUGACGCAGGAUUACCCUGAAGCACUUUAUCAUCAGAUCCUUUAUGCUUCUGGGAAGGUCUACAUGAUAUUUUUUGUUGUGAUAAGCUUUUGGUUUGCUUUUUACAUAGCAAGUUUGUUCUUGGGCAUACUUGCUAUGUCCUAUGAAGAAGAAAAGCAGAAAGCUGCUGAAAAAGCUAAGAAGAUUGAGCCAAAAUUUCAGCAGACUUCAAAAGAACAUCAAGAAGGAGACAAAGCAGUUGAGACCAAGACCACACAAAUAGAAAUGAAGAAAAGAUCACCAACUUCUGUGAUUACUUCUUUGAAUAUGUUGGAUGAUGCUACUGCUGCUAUCAGACAUGAGGAAGAAUCUGAAAAAUCCAGGAAGAGAUGCCCAUUGUGUUGGCAGAGAUUUGCUAAAACUUUCUUGAUCUGGAAUUGUUCUCCCUGUUGGUUAAAAUGGAAAGAGUUUAUCCAUAUGAUUAUAAUGGACCCAUUCACUGAUCUUGUCCUUACCAUAUGCAUAAUUCUAAACAUAUGUUUUUUGGCCUUAGAAUGUUAUCCGAUGAGUGAAGAAACCAACAAUGUUCUUAGCAUUGGAAACCUGAUUUUUAUUGGAAUUUUCACAGCAGAAAUGAUUUUGAAAAUCAUUGCAAUGCAUCCAUAUGGAUAUUUUCAAGUAGGUUGGAACAUUUUUGAUAGCCUGAUUGUGUUCCAUGGUUUAGCAGAACUUUAUCUAGCAAAUAUUCAUGGAGUGGCUCUUUUUCGAACAUUCAGGGUGUUGAGAAUUUUCAAGUUGGCAAAAUACUGGCCAACGUUUAAGAUUCUGAUGCAGAUUCUUAGUAUCUCCUUGGUGGCCUUGAAAGACUUGGUCCUGCUGUUGUUCACAUUUGCAUUCUUUUCUGCUGUGGUUGGCCUGAAGCUGUUUGGUAUGAGUUAUGAAGCAUGCGUCUGCAACAUAGACAAAGACUGUCGUCUCCCACGUUGGCACAUGCAUGACUUCUUCCACUCCUACCUGAAUGUGUUCCGGAUUCUCUGUGGAGAGUGGAUAGAGACUUUAUGGGAUUGCUUUAAGAUAGCUGGCCAAUUCAGUUGUAUUUCUUUUUACAUGAUGGUCAUUUUAAUUGGAAACUUAUUGAUAAUUUACCUGUUUCUGGCAUUGGUGAGCUCAUUUAGUUCCUACAACCCUGCAACUACUGAAGAGAACGAGGAAGCAAAAAAUCUCCAGCGUGCAGUGGCGACGAUUCAGAAAAGAAUAAACUACGUGAUUUCUAAAAUAUUAUGCAAAAAGCAAAAUGUUUCAAAGGAGACAAUGGACCAUGUAAAUGCUGUAUAUGCUAAAGAGAAUAUUUCUGACCAUACCCUUUCUGAAUUAAGCAACACUCAAGAGUUCCUCAAGGAUAAGGAAAAAAGCAGUAGCACAGAGAAAAACACAAUGACUGAAAAUGAGAAUCAAUCACUUAUCCCCAGUCCUAGUGCCUCAGAAACUGUACCAAUUGCUUCAGGAGAAUCUGAUAUAGAAAAUCUGGAUAAUAAGGAGGUUCAAAGCAAGUCAGGUGAUGGGAACAGCAAAGAGAAGGUAAAGCAAUCUAGCUCAUCGGAAUGCAGUACAGUUGACAUUGCCAUCUCUGAAGAAGAAGAAAUAGUUUAUGAACACGAGAAGCCAAAGCAUCUGAAAAACGGUUAUAGAAGAAGAUCUUCAUCUGGCCAACUUAGUAGAGCAUCCAAGAGAGGAAGAAUUUGGCAGAACAUAAGGAAAACCUGCUGCAAGAUAGUGGAAAACAGUUGUUUUAAGUGUUUCAUUGGCCUUGUCACACUGCUCAGCACAGGUGCUCUGGCUUUUGAGGAUAUCUAUAUUGACCAGAGAAAGACUAUUAAAAUCUUAUUAGAAUAUGCUGACAUGAUCUUCACUUACAUCUUCAUUCUGGAAAUGCUUCUAAAGUGGAUGGCAUAUGGUUUUAAAGCCUAUUUCACUAAUGGCUGGUAUAAGCUAGACUUCAUGGUUGUUCUGGUGUUUUGUCUGAGCUUAAUAGGCAAAUCUCGGGAGGAAUUCAAACCACUUACUUUCAUUAAAUUCCUUCGGGCACUCAGAGUUCUAUCUCAGUUUGAAAGAAUGAAGGUGGUUGUGAGAGCUUUGAUAACAACAACUUUACCGGCUUUGAAUGUGUUUCUGGUCUGCCUUUUGAUCUGGCUGGCUUUUAGCAUCAUGGGAGUACACUUAUUUGCUGGCAAGUUCUAUGAAUGCAUUGACCCAACAAGUGGAGAAAGGUUUCCUAUAUCUGAAGUCAUGAAUAAGAGUCAGUGCGAAAGCCUUGUGUUUAAUGAAUCCAUGCCAUGGGAGAAUGCAAAACUGAACUUUGAUAAUGUUGGAAACGGUUUCCUUUCACUGCUUCAAGUGGCAACGUUUAAUGGAUGGAUCACUAUUAUGAAUUCAGCAGUUGAUUCUGUUGGUGUAAAUAGGCAACCUAAUUUUGAAGAGAACAUCUACAUGUAUUGUUACUUUAUCAACUUCAUUAUUAUUGGAUUAUUUCUUCCUUUGAGUAUGCUGAUUGGUGUUAUUGUUGCUAAUUUCAACACGCAUAAAAUAAAGCAGGGAGGCUCAAAUAUCUUUGUAACAGUCAAACAGAAGAAACAAUCCCGUGCACUGAGAAGGCUGUUGUGUGAGGAGUCUCAAAAAACAAUCCGGCGCCCAGGAAAUAAAUUCCAAGGAUUCGUCUUUGACUUGGUAACAAGUGAAGUUUUUAAUGCCAUCAUUAUGGCUCUUAUCUGUUUUCAAGCAAUAACUAUUAUGAUACAAAGUGAUGAACAGAGUAAAAAUAUAAACAUUGCUCUCUACUGGAUUAACUUAGUUCUUAUCAUACUAUACACUGGAGAAUGUGUACUGAAGCUCAUUGCUUUCCACUGUAACUAUUUCACCAUUGGAUGGAACAUUUUUGAUUUUAUGGUGGUCAUUUUCUCUGUUAUAGAACUAGUUCUGCCUAUAACAGUAGGAUACUACCUCGUGUCUCCUUCCAUUAUGGAACUGAUACGACUCUCACGGAUUAUCCACAUCCUGCGUCCUGGGAAAGGACCAAAGGUAUUCCAUGAUCUGCUACUCCCUUUGAUGCUGUCUCUACCAGCAUUGUUGAACAUCAGUCUUCUCAUCUUCCUGGUCAUGUUUGUCUACGCCAUCUUUGGAAUGUACAAUUUUGCCUAUGUUAAAAAGGAAGCUGGAAUUAAUGAUGUGUCCAACUUUGAAACUUUUGGCAGCAGUAUGCUCUGUCUUUUCCAAGUUACAAUAUUUGCUGGCUGGGAUGGGAUGCUCAAUGCAAUUUUCAACAGUAAAUGGUCUGACUGUGAUCCUGAUAAAAUUAACCCUGGGACUCAGGUUAGGGGAGAUUGUGGCAACCCCUUUGUUGGAAUUAUUUAUUUUGUCAGUUACAUCCUCAUAUCAUGGCUGAUCAUAGUAAACAUGUACAUUGUUGUUGUCAUGGAAUUUUUAAGUAUUGUUUCUAAAAAAAAAGCCAAGACAUUAAGUGAAGAUGAUUUUAGGAAAUUCUUCCAGGUAUGGAAGCGGUUUGAUCCUGAUAGGACCCAGUAUAUAGACUCUAGCAGGCUUUCAGACUUUGCAGCUGCCCUUGACCCUCCUCUUUUUAUGGCAAAACCAAACAAGGGGCAGCUCAUUGCCAUGGAUCUUCCCAUGGCUGCUGGGGACAGAAUUCAUUGCCUUGACAUCUUACUUGCUUUAACAAAGCGAGUUAUGGGUAAAGAUGUGAGGAUGGAGAAAAUGAUUUCAGAGAUGGAAUCAGGGUUUGUGUUAGCCAACCCUUUUAAGAUCACAUAUGAGCCAAUUACUACUACUUUGAAACGAAAACAAGAGGCAGUCUCAGCAACCAUAAUUCAACGUGCUUAUAAAAGUUACCGCUUGAGGCAAAAUGACAAAAAUACAUCAGAUAUUCAUAUGAUAGAUGAUGACAAGGAAGUUCAAGCUACCACAGAAAAAGCCUAUUUUGACAAAGCUGAGGAAAAGUCAACUAUUCAAAGCCAAAUCUAAUCCCACUUACCACAUUUUAAUCUUCUUCAUGUUCUAAAAAUGUCAGAAGUUUGAAUCAGAAAUAAUAACCAAGAUCAGAGAAGUAGAGUUUACUUAUCAACUGUUUACAAUCCAUGGAAGUUAAGCUUAUGUUCAUAAGACUCCAUGUCAAGUUUGCUUUUUACCUUUGUAUAUCCAGUGUAACCAAGACAACCCCUUAAAAAUCACUUCAGUGAGUUAAAAUGGCUUACAAUCGCCAUUUGAUAAUCCAAUGCUUAUUUUCUCUCUCUGGCUUUUAUGGUGUGUGCUUCUUCUAGAGGACUGGGAGGUGAUAGUAGAGAUUGGUAGCAAAAGGGGCUUCCUUGUAUAUUUUAUGUCUACUUUAUGGGAUUUAAGUCACCAUUAGUAGGACUUAGUUACAAAUAAGCAAAUACAAUAAGUACUUUCUUAAGGUGGGAUGGUGUUAAAAAAUAACAGUGUUACAGGCCAUUAAAUCAUAAACUUGCCUACACAGAUGCCAACUGGGAUAGAGAAAAAGGCUAUUCUAGAAAGUUCCUUUGAGAUCAACCACAGAUAUUCUUGGGCUGAUCCAAACCAUGUUUGGUUGACCGGAGCCUUGGUUUUCGUUUUUAUUUUCUUUUAUUUUUGGUACUGGGAAUUUAUAUUCUUUGAUUGUUUCUGGAUUCCUGGUUUUUCAUCUCUUUGGCUAGUUCUGCCUACGCUCUAGCUAGCUCUUCAAAGAAUGAAUUCGGAGAGUCAGAAGCAUAAAGGUAACUAUAAUUAUUGCCUACAUUUUCCUCAUUUUUUUUCACAUUUAUACUUUUUCUAAGUAUACAUCUACUAAUAUGAUAGAUAUAGAAACUGUUAGUAGACUCCUGUAUUAUCAUAUUUACCAUUUAUCAGUGAUGUAACAUUGAGUAGUAUGAUCUGGUAAAUGAAAGUCAUAAUAUGAUUUAGAAGAGUCAAGGGCUGCCAUUAUGUCUAGGGAUUUUCACAGAGUCUUGAUGCUUGGGAAACUGUGUCCACUUUGAAAUACUUUCCACUGUACUUUGUGGUUCUCUAUAACUCGGAGAAAGAAAAUGACCACUGAAACUGUGAGGAACCUGAAUAGGAGAUUGAAGUGUAAGUUUGUUAUUGGUGGUGUUAUGUAAUAUGAGUAUAUACAAAUUAGUUUUCACUUCCUCAUUUAUCUUUCUAAGUUUGUUUUUGUUGUUUUUAAUCCAUCACACAUACCUCCUAUAAAAGGUUUUGUGUUUGAAAAACUUGAAAUCAUAAAUAUUAAUUUUCACUAUUGAAAAUGUAUUUAAAAGGUAGACACAAGUAGUUGGUUUUUGACAUAAUCACAAAAAUGUAGCUACUUGUAUCCAUGUAGUUUGAGAUUCUGGUAUUUGUUCCCUUUGUAUGAAGAUUGAUUUCAAUGUGCCUACAAAAUCCUAAAGGAUUUGGAAAGAAAAUAUGUGUACUGUUGACUUAAAUGGAAAACUUCAAAUAUGUUGUAUGAUAUUCAAUGUCACCUAAAUGUCAGUAAUUGUAUUUUAUUAUGAAUGCAUGAUCUUGAGCCUUAACUUCUAUAGCCUGUUUCUGCCCUCAGAAAUGUAUUAACCUGACCAAGAUGCCUUUGGGGGAACCCUUAAGUAAAUGUAAUUUCAGGGUUCUGUUUCUCUCUAUAAGUGUUCCUUCCCUUUCUCCUCCCGUUCUUCAUCAUGUGAUGGGGACUAGUGAGGAACUAGUGUUAACUUGGUGACAUGGUGACAGCUGGUGCUUGAUCUAAAUUUUUUAGUUUUCUAUUUCUUAGAAAUGCUUUAAUGUAGAAACUGCUUCAGAUAUUUAAACUUAACCUUAACUUGCUUCUGUAAAUUCAAGAUCAUUAACUGAUUUUAGUUUGAAAAUUGUAUCUUUUACUUGUAAACCAUGUUUGCCACUAACCUUCCAAAAACUGUGUAAUGAAUUAUUUUUAACAAAGUCUUACAAUAUACUCUACUUUUUAGAAACUAUAGAAAAUAAUAAAUACAACCUGUUAACUACA